GCAUGUACCAGAUACAGACACUUCACACCUCCACUAUAGUCUAGAAAUCUCCACAGCUCUCAACAUCAACUCUCUCUCAAACCCACUUUAGCCAUCUUGCUUUCAAGCUCACCCAACUCACAUAAAAGAUAGUUAAUUUUCUCAUAUAAUUUCAACUACAAUCUUCAAUUAAUCAUGGCUGUUCUAGUGUAUCUGGUGCUUUUCUUAGCCCUUACUGGCUAUUCAAGUGCUGCAUAUUGUGUAUGCAAAGAUGGGCUCAGUGACCAAGCCCUUCAGAAGUCACUGGAUUAUGCUUGUGGAGCUGGAGCUGACUGUACUCCUAUCGUUCAAAAUGGUGCCUGUUACAGCCCUAACACUGUAAAGAAUCAUUGUGACUAUGCUGUGAAUAGCUAUUACCAAAAAAAGAGUCAGGCUCAAGGGAGCUGUGAUUUCUCAGGCACUGCCACUGUCACACAAACUGCCCCAACUGGAUCUUCUACUACUUGUGUUUAUCCAUCAUCCAGCCAAACAGGAACAACACCAAGCACUACACCUACAGGCACGACUCCAAGCACUACACCUACAGGCACAACUCCAAGCACUACACCUACAGGCACAACUCCAAGCACAACCACACCAUCAACUACAACUCCAACCACAACCACACCUACAGGCACAACUCCUUCUUCAGUAUUUGGCACAGGAAUCAGCCCCUCAGGAACCACCACUACUGGUAUCAAUGAUUCAAGUGCUCCUGUACCUCUCAUCACUAGAUGCACUAGCCUGUUCUUCUCUCUGGGCCUGACCCUCUGGUUAGUGUUGCUGUGGGCCUGAAAAUAAUACUACACCUAGUUCAAAAAAAGAGGGGAGGUAUUGACUAGUGGGGUUGAUGUGUGGACAAGAUGUCACCAUGAUAGAGCCUAGGCUUGUAAUUUGGAAUCAUCUAGAGGCAAUUACCACUAAGGUAUUUUUUUAUUAUCUCUUUUUUUUUUCUGUUGUCUCCUAUGUAAAAAAAAUGCUGGGCUGCUGCUGGAGAAUUUGAUUCCUUUUUGAGUGGUGAUAUGACUGGUAUUGGGGUAGAGGAACCUGAUCUCUUCUUUUUAGAUUUUUCCUAUGUGUAUAUCUAGAGAGAGGCAAUAUUUUUUUUAAAUUUAAUGGAACUUUACUACCCUAUCUACUUAUAUUAGUUAAUUACUUUUUAGCCUAUUAAAAAUCUUUGUUCA